CGGAAAUGAAUUUUUCAUCUUUACACCGGUUCAAAGCGAAAGUAGAAAAUAUUUUUCUGUCUUCAGCAUUAUUUGAAUAUUAUCUAAAUAACAUAUCUCCCAGUUAGUCUAAUUUACGUUUGUAUCAUAUUUGCAGAUACCGAGUCAUUGCUCAUCCUAUUUUCUGGAGAUAUACUGAUGGAGAUUUUGAGACCACAGAUUAUUCGUAUAGGUAACAGGUGUUACAGGAAGAACCCUGUGUUACAGAGAGAGGGUAACGCAGCUGAAGAAGAGGAAUAUACAGAUUUUAUCCCAGACUCUUCUGGUUGGAAUGAUGAAACUUGUGCUCUUGAUGCCCCAAACAUAGAGCAAACAUCUGAUGGAUUUCGGACAUCAAUAUGUGCACCUAGUGGACUUCUAAAGUUUGUGAUUGGUCGAAAGGGUGAAACAAAGCACAGGUUGGAGAUCGAAACACGCACAAAGAUACGUAUACCUAAACAAGGCCAGAAGGGAGAUAUAGUGAUUCAAGGACAUGACCGAAAUGGUGUGAUGUCGGCAAAGACACGUAUAGAUGUAUUACUGGACUCGGGGAGGCAGAAAUCUCCGUUCACACAUUUCUUAUCAAUUCCUUUCAAUACUAAACACCUACAGGACAGCUUGACUGAUUUCAAAAAUGAUGUACUGAGAGAGUGUGAUGGGGACCGUGGGAUAGAUGGAAGUAUAUUCCAGACACCAUGUAAACUUCACCUAACAAUUGGCUGCCUGGUAUUGUUAGAUGAAGGAGAGAUACGGAGAGCUGUAGAAACACUGCAAGAGUGCCGGAGAGAGCUUAUAGAACCUAUAUUGAAAGGAGAGCCUCUACAUAUACAGCUGGAUGGUCUUGAAUACAUGAAUGAUGAUCCUUCAGAAGUGGACGUCCUUUAUGCAAAGGUGAAAGAUCCCUCUGAAAGGUUACAGAUUAUUGCAGACAGGCUGGUAGACAAGUUCACAAGCAUUGGUCUGAUGCAGAGAGAGUAUGAUAGGGUUAAACUACAUAUCACUGUUAUGAAUACUGUAUUCAGAAAAGAUCCCACUGGAACAACAGAGCCAGAUAGGAGACAGGACAGAGGAAGAAAAGAAAGGGAGUCAUUCAAUGCAAUCAAUUUAUUAAAGAAAUUUGGGAACUAUAGGUUUGGUGAAGACAAUAUAACAGGUAUUCAUCUGUCACAGAGACAUAGUUUUGGAACAGAUGGAUAUUACACGUGUGCUGGAACAUUGAAUGUUACAUGAUCAGUGAUUUCUUGUUGACAUUAUGUUACUUGUAUAUUAGAUUAAUAAAGUAUUUCUGUUAAAUAUGA